AUGGUGCUUUAUUCACUUAUUGUUUUCUGUGUUUAUGCAUGCUUCGCUAAAACCCAAGCGACAUUCAACCUUUCACUCAAUACAACCAUUUCUAUAGAUCCAGAACUGACUUACUUGAUACUUCCUGAUUAUGAAGGGAACAUCACACAAAACUUCGUCGACACACAAACCAGCAACUCAAGCGUGUCAACCCUACUCACCUCCGCCAAGUCCGCCGCAUUCAUAUCCUACGAUGCUGAAUUCCUGACACUUCUCACCGGUAUCUGGGUACCCGAUCGCAAUGAAGUCUGGUUCACAAGUUCAUCCAUAAACGAUAGCACCACGAUCUCCAUUCUCAACCUCAAUAAAUCCGAAAUAUCUACCCCGAACACUAGUAUUCCAAUCAUUAAUCCUAACGGAGGCACAUACUUCAACCACCGCGUCUACUUUGCUAGUGACGGGAACGCCACCGUUUCCCCUGCAAUUUACGCUAUAGAUCCUACCACAGGCUACACAGAAAUCAUCAUAAAUUCCUAUUUCGGCAUCCCAUUUAACGGCCCCAAUGAUCUCACAUGGGUAAAUCAUAAUGGAACUCCAUACCUAUUUUUCACCGAUGAUCCCCUGUCCUCUCUCUAUGAUGGAGAAUUCCCAGCCGUCCUCCCAGACGCCGUCUGGCGUUUCUCUCCUACGACAAAAUCGCUCGUUCCCGUUGUUUCUCGCGCUGAUAUAUUAGUACCUAAUGGAAUUAACGUUAAUGCCGCUAUGGAUACUCUAUACAUUACAGAUACGACUCCGAUAACAACCACUGAUUCUGGCGCAAAUAACCCUGGCUCUAAUGCGAUCUACAAAUUUGAUCUCGACGAAAACAUGUUUCCAAUCAACAAAAGACUAGUAGGGAUUUCGAGAACGGGUAUUCCGGAUGGUAUUUAUGUAGAUGAUAAAAAUAGGAUAUGGACGGCUGAGAGUGAAGGGAUUGUGGUGAGGAAUGAUGCAGGAAAAGUGUUGGGUUUGUUUAAUGCGGAGGUGUUUCUAGAUGAUCCGGUGGGAGAACCGGGGAUUGAAAUUGCGAGUUUUGCGUUGGCGGGGGAUGUGCUGGUUGUGGAGGGGAGUGGCAGGUUAUGGAGUCUUUAG